UAACGGUGAAAUUAGUUGCAAUCAAGUUAUUGAUUUAUCAUCGGUGACUCGUGCAAAAUGGGUUUGGAAUUUGGCAAAUUACCAAUUCGAAUUCGUAGAAUCUUAUACUACAGCUUAGCGCCUGAGGAGCAACGAGCUUGGGCAAAAUCGGUGACUCAUGGGAUACCUAAUUUGGUGGAUAGAAUAAUAUAUGCACUUCCGACAGUGCUGCCAGGUUUUAUUAUGUCAGCAGUGAUAUAUAAAUGGUCAACUGCGGCGCAUGAGCAAUAUAUUCGUAAAGAUCCUAAAUUAUACGAGAAUGAUAAGUGAAUGCAAAUAUUAAGUUAAUUUAGUUCGGCAAGCGGUUUGUGUGUAUUUUAUGGAUUAA